CCCACAUUGUUUACAAACAAAUCAGGUUAGUUUUUGGUAGCGCGCGGUUUCACGAUGUUUCGUCGGAAGGAAAUGAUGAGUUCCCCAACGGGUAAACCCGCCCAGAACCAGUGCCGUUUGUGUUUGAGCAACGCCAGUGAGUGCUGCAGCCUUGCGAAUCGGCUCGAGGACAUGCGAACCGUGCAGGAAGUCAUCAAAAUGUUGCUUUCGAUCGAGGACGACCCCGGCCUGCCGCAGCAGAUUUGUGCGAGUUGUAGCAAAGAGCUACUACACAUGGCCCGGCUCAAGGACUGCUGGGUGGCCAAUCAAUUCACCCUUGCUCGGCAAGCUUCAAAGUUAGUGCCGAAAGACGGUGAGGAUAGUGAAUGGACCAAUAUGGUCCAGUUCCAGGCCGACGAGCAAGCCGAAGAGGAAAUGUAUCUUGAGGUUGAUGAAAACGUGAGCGAUUCGGAGCUGUUCUUCGCCAAUGCUGAAUUGGGAGAAUUUUCAGUUGAAGUACCUGGCGAUAGGACUAAACAAACGGAGACAAACAACGACACCAAGAAAGUUGAAAGAAACAAGUAUGUUAAAAAGUGUGGAGAGUACAAGUUCAGAUGUCACAAAUGCCGCCUCAGCUUUCCGACUCUCAAAUUGAAAAACGAACACCUUAAACUGCAUAACAAGUGUGAAGUUUGCGGGGCCACCUUCAUGGCGAAAAAUGAUCUUCGAAGGCACAUGAGAAUACACAACGGCGAGCGACCGCACGGAUGUCCGCACUGUUACCAGCGUUUUUCUCGGAUGAGUCACCUCAAAGACCACAUAAAAAAGCACGACAAUCUACAAUCCCACGCUUGCCUGCUUUGUACGAAAAAUUUCCCUGCACUUCAAGAGCUGCUACAGCACAAGAUGGAAGCGCACUCAAACACGCGGCGGACACAGCGCCAGAAAGCCACCAAAGUGGAACGAUUGCCAUUCGAGGGGGGCAGCAGCGGCGGGACAAUUCGACAGCCGACUGGGGGUGAUGUGCGACGAUCGGUUGUUGUGAAGGAAGAGCUGGUGGAUGAGGAUUACGAAUUAAUUAUAGAUUGAACAUGACUUGAGCGCUUAAUUUCGAAGGCAACAUUUCAAAAGGCACCAUGUACAUUUUGACACUUUCUGGGUUAUUGAUUGCAUAUUCUGAAAGUACUCCUAAUAUGCUACCUGUCCACCAAGAAUGAUCAAAAGUUACUUCAGUAAAGUCUGUUUAAUAAUGAUUUUAAAUAAAGUAACAUGAAAAAAAUCUCUGGCAUCAGCAGUGCAUGUUUAUAUAGCCCUGUCGACCUGUCAGAUAAAAGACUACAUGAACCUCGUGACGAAAAAAAAAAGCUUCAUGAAAAAGACGCCAUGUACAUUCGGCGAAGAAGGGUGAUAAAGACGUUGGUGACACUGUAACUGAAAAUCGCACUUUGCUGAGUUCGUUUUCGCACUUUUCAUACGAUUUUUUCAGUUCGACUACGAUUACACAAAAAAAUUGUAAUUGUAUUGCGCUAUUCUCACGAACUUGGACUUCGCACUAAAUUAUUGCUAUCGAUCGCACUAUUGCGACUUGUCAAACUGGCUUGGGAAAUUUUAUUUUUUUCGAUAAAUGAUCAAAGCGAGCCGAUAUUGCUCACCUGUCAAUCGCAAUUUUAAAGUGCGAUUGUCCAGUUUGGUGGAAACUGCGACUGGAAAUGUAAAUAAACAACGGCUGGUUGCCUAGUUUUUAGAAAUUUUGUUGUCAAAAGUGCGAGAGAAAAGUGCGGGCCAAUUCCAAGUUACGGUGCAAGGAUCAAUAUAGUUGAACUGAAAAAAUCGUAUGGUGAGGUGCGAAAACGAACUCAGCAAAGUGCGAUUUUCAGUUACAGUGAAUUUCAAAAGAAGUUAUGGGAGCGUUCUUUUAUUACGUAACGCAAAAAAUCGGAUUUUCAGACCCCCUCCCCCUCCCCUCGUAACAAAAUUUUCAUACAAAUUUUAAAAAAAUUGUAUGGAGCGUUACACGGGCUCCGACCCCCCCUACUGCGUUACGUAAUAAAAUAAGGCUCCCUAUGUUUGUUUUUGUUAAAUAUAUAAUGACGAAAAUAAUGCUUUAUUGAAUAUGGAUGAUUAAGUAACAAUAAAAGCAACGUUUUUCAUCGUGUGUUAUCAUAAGAACAUCUUCUUUUGCUUUUAUAUUAAAAUGAGAAUUGAAAAAUGAUGCUCAACAUUAAAAUGCGUUUUUCUCAAAACGCAUGGUUUAUACAUGAUAAUAUUUGAAAUGUUGGCGUCGAGUUAAGGUAUCAAAUCGAUGCACUCUUGUACUAUCUAGACAGAAAUCUCAGCAAGCUUAGUACAAGAGAGCACACCGGCAUCGAAAUAUUGAAUGAAAAUAGAUCUUUGGAAUUUCGCUGCUUCUAAUAAUUUCGCCUGACCUACUUGACUUAAGUCAUUUGAGUACCCAUUUCUCCGUUCGGCGACAUUUUCUACACUUCUGUGAAC